GUUAGCGAUUGUGUCCCCUUAAUGGCUCUCUCCUGACAGCAACAUCAUGUUUUAAAUAAUUUUACAGUUUUAUUUUUGUUUGUUAGAGGGCUUGUCAUUACGGAGGCGUCACCUGAGUAUGUGUGUUGGUGAUCUCACCAUCGCAAGAAUCAACAGACAGCUUGAGGAAAUUAAAAGUUUGUGGUCGUUCCUUGACUGAGCAGACGCAGCAGAUUACCAGUAAUUAAUCGCCAUGAAGUUCAAAUUCAAGGAGCAGCAUACUAUAGAACAGAGAAAGUCAGAGUCAACCAAGAUUAGAACAAAAUAUCCUGAACGAAUACCAGUCAUCGUAGAGAAAGAUCCGAAGUCACAGAUACAAAGUAUUGACAAGCGCAAGUUUCUUGUGCCAUCUGACAUAUCGGUCGCUCAGUUCAUGUGGAUAAUCCGCAAGCGCAUACAGUUGCCCUCUGAAAAAGCUAUCUUUCUUUUUGUGGGCAAAGUAUUACCUCAGUCUAGUGCCAGCAUGGGCCAAGUUUAUGAAGAGCAUAAGGAUGAGGAUGGCUUCCUUUAUAUAGCCUACAGUGGCGAAAACACGUUUGGCUCCUAGGUGAUGCAGAUUUCUACUUCCCCUUUUAGUCCGAUGUUUUUACAACCCAGUGAAACUUGCUGUGUUUAUGGAUUCGCUACAUUGGAUUUUAUCAUCAAACAAUCAUCUCUAGGAAGUGGCUUCAUGUGGUAGAUUCCCAGGAUUUAGCCAGCCCUCAACUGUUUCUCUUCUGCAGAACUGUGUGAAACACCCGCCCUUCUGUGGCAGAGGGUGGACAACAAUGUGGUUUUCAGCCAAGUAACAUGAUGUGUUUUGCAAAAUUACUGGUGACACUUCCUCAUGCGUGCAUGUAAUUUAGAGGGCAUGAAUGAAAAGACUUGCACAACCAAAAAAACCCUGUGUCUGUUGUUGCCGGUUUCAUUCUUAACCUAUUAUGUUUUCAAUGUUGGUUGUGUUUUAUGCCAUUAAUAAUCAACUGCUAGCAUGGGUACUUCAGCUGUUUAUAAGAGAACAAGAAAAAAUUUAGCUACAUUUGGUAACAUCAAGUCUGGUCUUUACCAUGCUAGCCAGUUGGAGGCAAAAAGUCAGUUUUUAGUUGGCAUCAAGAUUCUGCUGUUAUGGAGGCAAAUAUAUCAGGAUCAUGUAUAAUGCACAUUUUGCCAAAUAUGUGUCUACUCUUUAUUCUAAGUCAAAGCUUGGCCACUUUCCUAUUAUUGUAAGGGCACAAAAAAACUUUUUUUUCUGAAAUGAGAAGCCAGGGGUUAAUUCUGACAUAACUUCAAGAAUAACCUUUGAUUUAAUCAGUAAAUGGGUUCUCAUUACCCAGUCUGUACUUCAUCGUGUCACAUCAUCAAAGUUUAUCUUUUUUUUUUUAAUCCAAGACAAACUGUGUUUUGGCUGCUGAUUUUCUAGAAUUAUUGCAUUCCUUUGUAGAAAUGAUAUUUUGAAGUAUUUUGAAUGUCUUUUUUAGAAGACAGGCAAUAUAUUUUGCUUUUUUUCUAUUGCAUGCAUUGUUAUUCUGCUUAAUUACUGACAACUACAGGGAACAAACCUUCAAAAGAAAAGGUCUGACUGUGAUCAAAGGAUGGAAGUAACAGUGAAACUUACAAUGAUGGAGAGUCUGUCUGUCUCAGUCCUGCUACUCCUAUAUGUAGACUGAUGACAUCAUAAUGAUAAUUGUUUUUAAAUGCAUUCUUACUGUAACAUUUUAUGAAGCUUUUGUAUGUGUGUGUGUGGUACAACGACAAAACAAGAACAUGCAUUAAACAGUUCAAAAUAGGCAUAAAAGAGUUACUUACAAUCACCAUUAGCAUAUUAAUAUGAAAUAUGUAGGGCAGAAUUGUGUGAAGUGGAGAUGGAGAGAGUUUCUGCUGUGAAAGAUAUUUGUGCUUAAAAAAAAAAAGAGAAAGAAGGACUUCAAUACGUUCAGUACAAACUCCUUACAGUAGAAUUUCAAAGGUUGAUAUUUCUUUGAAAAAAAAAAGAAUUUGUUUGGUAUUUUGGUGCAACCUACAUCUUCCUGUAGUACAGAAUAAUUUAAUACCAUGAAAACAUUUUCAGGAGCAUUUUGCAAAUGGUUAGCUUAUAGGACAAUUUGUUAUCUUAGUGUAUCCUAGCAUACUGCAUAAGAGCACAUUUUUUGGAACUCCAACUUUCAAAAGGGUUUUGAAUGUCAUCAACAGGACUAAUGAGUAUACAGUGUCAUCUUGAUAAAACAUAUGCCUUUGCUAAAGAUACAAACAAAAUAUUUGUUGACUGAGGAUUAAGAACUUGCUGUAAAAUCUUGUAUUUUAAGUGUCAGUAACAUCUGACAUAGAAGUUAAAGGCAGUUCCAUUUAACAUAGUCCAAAUAACAAGUAUAUUCCAAAUGUAGUAGCAAGAAGUGUGGAAUUUUGUCUGUAACCAUAUAGAGAAAGUCCGGUUCAGUUUAUUUCAUUCCAGUACAGCUCAAAGAUCAGUGUUUUGCAAAGAACCAAAACAGUGCUACACUUUGCAUUUGCAUCAUGAUUUAUGCAUAAAUCAGCUGUUUUAGCAUGGACCAAAACCUUCCAACACAUUCCUUCCAUCUGAUCAUGACUGGGAAGAAAUUGUUAGCAUUGUUGAUUUAUCUGUAAAUAAAACAGAGGUAAAGGAAUGGACAGUUUAAAAGUUUUGUUACAAUUCUUUAUGACUCCAAGAGUUGGACAACCAUGGUACUGUGUAUAAUCAUUUUCAUCGGGUGCAAUUGUCUUCUUUUAAAUGAACAGUAUUCAUUUCGAUUAAACAGAUUACUGUGCAAGUGACAUUUUGGAAUGCAUGAUGGAAUUAUGUGUUAUUUUAAACUAAUAUGUUUCUAUAUAUAUAUAUCCAUUAUAUUCCUUGGAAUCAAACAGAUGAUAUUCAUUCCCCUGGUGAUCCUGUUGCUGCACCCUCAGAGUAAACAGUAUUUCUCUACCAUUUCAUUUUGGUUUAGUGGAGAUGACAUCCCUUGCUAUUAAGGUCAUUUACUCAUGACAUUGUUGCCACUUUGUUUUCAGUCCAAGAAUGCUUGACUUGUCACCAGUGUAGCAUAUGCCAAUGUGAGUGUGGGUCUUGCAGGAGGGUUUUCCUAAAGAUGUUUGCAAAGAGUACCGAAAAGUGGCUGAAGUGUCAUUGUAAAUGAUCAGGCUGUAACAGUAGUGCUGGUUUGUGUGAGAAAUUGUACAUCUCUUGGUCUAAAGAUAGUAACCUACAGGAUGUCAUCCCCAAUCAACUCUCUGGAUUUUUAUUUUUCAUUAUAGAAAGAUAUAUUAACAUUCUGGCAAGCCACUCCAAAACUAGUGCUAUGGGUAACAAAACCCUAAACCAGGGGUGGGCAAUUAAUUUUCCCAAGGGGCCGCAUGAGAAACUGGGAUGGUUCUAGAGGGCCGGACUAAUAUAGUUACCUCAGUUUUACCCAAUACUGUAUACAUAGUAUAUAUACUGGCAGGCGGGCCAGCGGGCGGGCCGGUCAGAGACAGGAGGUGGGCCGGAUCCGGCCCGUGGGCCAGCAUUUGCCCAGGUCUGCCCUAAACAGUGGUAAAAAUACAUCAUCAUCAUUGCACAUGCAACAGUCCUACAUAGAAAUUCUCUCUCAAGUUCAACACCAGUUUCCAAGCUUGCACAGAGAUACUAGAAGUUUUAUUUUAGUUUUUCAAACAAAACAAAGGAGGCAAGUUGGCGUGUUUACCUCCAUUUUCAUCACUAUAAUCUUUUGCUUUUUGUUCUGAUUCGUUUAAUUCUGUUUCUAAAUACAGUCAAUGAGGAAAUGGUGCAUAAGAUGAAAGCAGCUAUUUAUGUUACAGCCAGACAUGCUGCGUCUAGUGUACAUGUUCAUUUUUAUCUCCGUUCAGGGUGAAAGAAUAACAUGAAAGUCAAAGUUUUGUUAUAUUGUUUGAUAAAUAGAGUGAAUUAUUACCAUGUUGAGAAUCUUGUUCCGGAAAGACAAAGUGCUGUGCAUGAAAAAUUCUGUUUGUAAACUGUGAUGAAAAUAAACUGGAUAACAGCUUCAAGUUUUUUUUAAUUAUGUCUUGUAAUUAUGUGUUAUUUACUUUGUUUAUUGGUUCCUGUAGACUCACCAAGCAUAUAUUUCUGCUGCUGUCAUUGGCAUUUAAAUGCAUGUUGCUUAGAUUUGUCUUAUUAUUUAUGGAAGGAGCAUAAUUCGCAAGAUUUUGGGUAAAUGAUGCUUUUGGUAAAUUUGUACAAUUAAGUAUUAAGCCUGACCACAUACUUAGACGCCCUUUGUCUCAAGCUGUUGUAGUUAACAGUUGUAUUGCGACACAAAGGUUUUUUUGUUUGAAACUUGUAUUCUCAGAGAAUGACUUCAAGAAAUGACCUGUUUGUUUUUCCAGUCAUUCCAAGCUUUAUAACAUACUGUAUUGACUGUGGUCUUCAUACUCUGCAAAUUGUUCUCAUUAAUGAUGAUUCUGUUGAUUCAUUCAGUGAGCUUUGUUCAGCAUGUGUUCACAUGAAAUCGUGCUUGGAGAUUGUAAUAAAAUCAUCCAGCCCUUCAAUGGAUUUUGUGGUCCGAAUCUGGAUUUGAAGCAUUGUUUGUCAAAGGGAUGGGAACAGUAUAACAUUAAAAUAUGAACCUAA